AUGGGUAUAAAAUUCAACACCGGAUUCCCAAUUGCAUUUGCUUUGAUGUCAAGAAAGACAGCGAGGGCUUACAAUGCCUUAUUUAAACGGCUAUUAGAAAUUGAGCCACAGUGGACACCACAAACAAUUAUUGUAGAUUUUGAGAGAGCUGCAAUGGUGUCAUUGAAAGCAAUUUUCAAUAACGUUACGAUAAGGGGUUGA